UGUUGGCAACAUAAUCCAAAUCAGCGUCCAACUAUCCAAAGUAUUUUUGAAGAUUUAAAAAAUAUUGAUUAUGAAGAUGUAAUCAACAAUGAAGAAAUAUUUACUGAAUAUGAUAAAGAUAAAUUAACGGCAGCAAAAAUGAAAAAUUAG